AAAAAAGACAGGAACUUUUGUCAGAACCCAUCUUUCUCCUUUUGAGCGAACGCAAAGAGUGAAGGAAGGAGACAUAUAACAAUAAUCUUGUAAAUAUCGUUCACACAGUGUAAUUUACGCAGAAGAGGAAAUGGGUUUGCAAGAGAACGGUAACAAGUAUCAGAAAAUGUCUAGUCAUGGAAAUGGAGAAGGAAUAACAUUAUCUAAUGCUCAAGAUCAGGAAAAAGAAGUGGUUUUUAUUAACAAUGGUAGCGCAAAACAAUAUGUUACUGCCUGUGCCAUCUUUGCUUCUCUUAAUUCUGUGCUCCUUGGCUAUGAUGUGGGUGUAAUGUCUGGAGCAAUCAUAUUUAUGAAGGAGGAUUUAAAGAUAAGUGAGGUACAACAGGAAGUUCUUGUUGGCAUUCUGAGCAUAAUUUCACUCUUGGGUAGUUUAGCCGGGGGCAAAACAUCAGAUGUCCUUGGUAGGAAAUGGACAAUAGCCCUUGCAGCCAUUGUCUUUCAGUCAGGUGCAGCUACAAUGGCUCUUGCCCCUUCUUUUACAGUACUAAUGAUUGGAAGGCUCUUGACUGGUGUGGGAAUAGGAUUUGGGGUCAUGAUUGCGCCUGUGUAUAUAGCUGAGAUAUCACCAUCUGUCACAAGAGGAUCACUCACCUCCUUUCCUGAGAUCUCUAUAAAUAUAGGAAUUUUGCUCGGAUAUAUCUCGAAUUAUGCUUUUCAUGGACUACCAGAACAUAUAAACUGGAGGAUCAUGCUUGGUGUGGGGAUCCUUCCAUCAGUCUUUAUUGGAUGUGCCCUGUUUGUGAUCCCUGAAUCCCCCAGGUGGUUGGUGAUGCAGCAAAGAAUUGAUGAAGCAAGACUAGUGCUUACAAAGAUAAAUGAAAGUGAAAGAGAUGUGCAAGAGAGAUUGGCUGAAAUACAGCAAGCUGCUGGGAGUGCUCACGCUGAGAAUUAUGAAGGGAAAGCUGUGUGGCAUGAAAUUAUAAAUCCUACUCCUGCAGUUAAAAGAAUGUUGAUUGCAGGUUGUGGAAUCCAAUGCUUCCAACAGAUUACAGGUAUUGAUGCAACUGUGUAUUACAGCCCCACUAUCUUUAAAAAUGCUGGUAUUAAGAGCAAUUCCAAGCUUCUUGCUGCAACUGUUGCUGUUGGGUUUACCAAAACUUUAUUCAUCUUGAUUGCUAUACUUCUUAUCGACAAAGUGGGAAGAAAACCUUUGCUUUAUGUCAGCACAAUUGGAAUGACAAUUUGCUUACUUGUUCUAAGCCUUUCUCUAACAUUUAUGGGGACUGGACACCUUGGGAUUGGAUUGGCAGUUCUAUCAGUUUGUGGCAAUGUAGCUUUCUUCUCUAUAGGAAUUGGUCCGAUUUGUUGGGUAUUAUCAUCUGAAAUUUUCCCUCUAAGGCUUCGAGCUCAAGCCUCCGCUCUGGGAGCAGUGGGGAGUAGGGUCAGUAGUGGUGUUAUUGCUAUGUCUUUCCUCUCCCUAUGUCGAGCAAUUACAGUGGGUGCAACCUUCUUCAUCUUUUCACUGAUUUCAGCUGCAUCUGUUGCUUUCGUCUAUACAUGUGUCCCAGAAACGAAAGGGAAAUCUUUGGAGGAAAUUGAAAUGCUGUUUCAAAAUGAAAGAGAUUGGCAAGGUGGUGAAGUUGAAUUAGGAGAUGCAGAGAGUCUAGUGCAGAGACAAUAGUGAGUGUUAGUCACUAAACCAUAAUACUUUCUUUAGGAAUGCUUGUUAUUCUAAAACUAAAACUAGUCCUCAGUAGAAGUUAUUUGCAUCCAUUGUGAAGCCUACAGAAACUCAGAAUCACAUCAUAAGCCAUUCUUUCUUUUCACAAAGCAUUAUUGACAUUGGUAUAGUCAUGUACUUACAGAACCACAAGUGAAAUUUCUUCAUUCAGACUUA